AUGGGAAAAAGGCCCCAUGAAGCGACUGUCAUGCGCAUAGCGGCACUGAUUGCACUCGUGCAGCUGUCGCUCGCUACAGCUGUUCCAGAUGUUCAAACGUUGACAGCGGCUGAGCUGAACCUACAAUUAGGCGGUGAGAAUGCCCUGUCACCGUUCUUCGAGGAGACAAGCGAGGAGACUGGGGUGCACUUCGUGAGAGGGUCCAGAGCUGCUGGAUCCCCACUCUCCCCUGACAUCGACGUACAAUGCUCGGCAGAGUUCAUCGAGGUCACAGUUGAAUUCUCCGAUAUAUUCGAUGGAAUCAUCUACAGCAAGGGUUACUUGAACGACCCUAAGUGCAAAUACGUUUCACUGGGAGGCAGCCAGUCCCGCUACUCUUUCCGAGUACCGCUGAAUGGCUGUGGUUCCCGACCGCUCUGCAAUGCUUGUGGCACCAUCGACAAUGUCCUUGUGUUCCAAGCUGACGAUUUGGUGCAAGGCUCCUACGAUUUUGCUCGGAAGGUUUCCUGUACAAACACAGCUUUGGAAGUGUCCGUGGGUGGUAAAAAACAAGAACAAUCGCAUAUACUGAAACUGAAGCCUUUCAUGGUAGAUAUGCUUGAUGUGGUAGCCGUGCAAGGACCAGCCGGCGGUGUUGAGUGUUGGAUGGACAUCCAGAAGGGAGUUUUCCCCAAUACUACUCCACUGGAAAGUUCUAUUAAGAUCGGCGAGUACCUCACCAUCUUGAUAUAUUUGAAAGACAUAAGAAACCAGUUCAAUUUGAGAAUCCACGAUUGUUGGGCAUACGACAAUGAAGAAUAUGACAGCCCUAAUACGAAUAAGAUCCAACUAACGGACAAAGAAGGAUGCCCCAAAAAAAAGAAAUUCAUUGACGAAUGGCAGAAGUCCACAAAUACAGGAAAAAGUGGUGCUACAUUGAUAGCUUUCAGCAAAAUAAGUGCUUUCCGAUUCCCAGAGACAGAUCAAGUUUAUUUGACAUGUAAUGUGGAGCUAUGCACAAGCAACUGUGACUCAAGCUGUACUGGUAUCACAAAAGAAAUCACAACAACCAUACGACCACAACAAUGCUUUCCAGGCUCAAAGGAUCCAAGAUGUCAAAUACCUACUGAGCCUUCGGUUAAGUGUUAUCCAGGAUCGACGGAUACUCUCUGUCCCGAACCAACUUCUCCAUCUCCUAAUUGUUUCCCUGGAAGUACGGACCCUCGUUGCCCAACACCUACAUCACCCCAACCCCCAAGAUGCUUUCCUGGCAGUACGGACCUUCGUUGCCCUAAACCUACCACCCAGGAACCGCCGAGAUGCUUCCCAGGCAGCACAGACCCCCGUUGUCCUAAACUAACAACUCCGGAACCAGCAAGGUGUUUCCCUGGGAGUAACGACCCUCGAUGCCCACGACCUAUCACUCCGGAACCUCCAAGAUGUUUCCCAGGUAGCUUAGAACCACGGUGUCCUAAACCAACAACACCUGAACCUCCAAGAUGUUUCCCAGGUAGCUCUGAUCCUCGGUGUCCCAAGCCAACAACACCUGAAGCUCCACGUUGCUAUCCAGGCAGCUCUGAUCCACGGUGUCCCAAACCAACAACACCAGAACCUCCAAGAUGUUUCCCAGGUAGCUCUGAUCCCCGGUGUCCUAAACCAACAACACCUGAACCUCCGAGAUGUUUCCCAGGUAGCUCUGAUCCCCGGUGUCCCAAGCCAACAACACCUGAAGCUCCACGUUGCUAUCCAGGCAGCUCUGAUCCACGGUGUCCCAAACCAACCACACCUGAACUACCAAGAUGUUUCCCUGGUAGCUCUGAUCCACAGUGUCCCAAACCAACAACACCCGAACCACCAAGAUGUUUCCCUGGUAGCUCUGAUCCACGGUGUCCCAAACCAACAACACCUGAACCUCCAAGAUGUUUCCCUGGUAGCAAUGAUCCACGGUGUCCCGAACCAACAACACCUGAAGCUCCAAGAUGUUUCCCAGGCAGUACCGAUCCUCGUUGUCCUAAACCAACCACACCUGAACCACCAAGAUGUUUCCCUGGUAGCUCUGAUCGACGGUGUCCCAAACCAACCACACCUGAACCACCAAGAUGUUUCCCUGGUAGCUCUGAUCCACGGUGUCCCAAACCAACAACACCUGAACCUCCAAGAUGUUACCCAGGUAGCCCUGAUACGCGGUGUCCCAAACUAACAACACCUGAACCUCCAAGAUGUUACCCUGGUAGCUCUGAUCCUCUCUGUCCUAAGCCAACAACAGAACCACCAAGAUGUUUCCCUGAUAGUACUGACCCUCGCUGUCCUAAGCCAACCACUCCAAAACCAACAAAACCAGUAUGUUAUCCGGGAUCACCAAAUCCUGCUUGUCCUCAACCACCAAGACCAACGACCUUAAACCCACCUACUUAUUUACCACCCUCAACACCGGAACCAAAAUGUUUCCCAGGCAGUACUGACCCACGUUGCCCCAAACCAACAACGCCAGAAGCUCCUAGGUGCUACCCUGGAAGUACGGACCCAAGGUGUCCGAAACCAACAACACCUGAACCUCCUAAAUGCUUCCCAGGCAGUAACGAUCCUCGUUGUCCUAAACCAACCACCCCAGCUCCUCCGCAAUGCUAUCCAGGAAGUACUGACCAACGUUGUCCGAAACCAACAACACCUGCCCCACCUAGGUGCUUCCCUGGUAGCACGGAUCCUCGUUGUCCUAAACCAACAACACCCGCACCACCAAAAUGUUUCCCAGGCAGCACUGACUCACGUUGCCCUAAACCAACAACGCCAGAAGGUCCUCAAUGCUACCCUGGAAGUUCAGACUCACGGUGUCCGAAACCAACAACACCUGCCCCGCCGAGAUGCUAUCCCGGAAGCACGGACCCAAGAUGCCCACCACCAACCACACCUGAAUCUCCAAGAUGCUUCCCAGGCAGUACCGAUCCUCGUUGUCCUAAACCAACCACCCCAGCUCCUCCGCGAUGCUAUCCAGGAAGUACCGAUCAACGUUGUCCAAAACCAACAACAUCUGCUCCCCCUAGAUGCUAUCCCGGAAGUUCAGACCCUCGCUGUCCUAAACCAACUACGCCAGCACCUCCAAGGUGCUUCCCUGGUAGUAAUGACCCACGGUGCCCUAAGCCAACCACUGCGACACCAACAGAACCAACAUGUUAUCCAGGAUCGCCAAAUCCUGCUUGUCCUCAACCACCAAGACCAACGACCUUAAACCCACCAACUUAUUUACCACCCUCAACACCGGAACCUCAAUGCUUCCCAGGCUCAAAUGACUUAAGGUGCCCUCAACCUACAACACCUAAACCACCAAAAUGUUUCCCAGGCAGCACUGACCCACGUUGCCCCAAACCAACAACGCCAGAAGCGCCUAGGUGCUACCCUGGAAAUACAGACCCACGGUGUCCGAAACCAACUACACCUGAACCUCCAAAAUGCUUCCCAGGCAGUUCCGAUCCCCGUUGUCCUAAACCAACUACGCCUGAACCUCCAAGAUGCUUCCCAGGCAGUAACGAUCCUCGUUGUCCUAAACCAACCACCCCAGCUCCUCCGCAAUGCUAUCCAGGAAGUACUGACCAACGUUGUCCGAAACCAACAACACCUGCCCCACCUAGGUGCUUCCCUGGCAGCACAGAUCCUCGUUGUCCUAAACCAACAACACCCGCACCACCAAAAUGUUUCCCAGGCAGCACUGACCCACGUUGCCCUAAACCAACAACGCCAGAAGGUCCUAAAUGCUACCCUGGAAGUUCAGACUCACGGUGUCCGAAACCAACAACACCUGCCCCCCCGAGAUGCUAUCCCGGAAGCUCGGAUCCAAGAUGCCCACCACCAACCACACCUGAAUCUCCAAGAUGCUUCCCAGGCAGUACCGAUCCUCGUUGUCCUAAACCAACCACCCCAGCUCCUCCGCGAUGCUAUCCAGGAAGUACCGACCAACGUUGUCCAAAACCAACAACACCUGCUCCCCCUAGAUGCUAUCCCGGAAGUACAGACCCUCGCUGUCCUAAACCAACUACGCCAGCACCACCAAGGUGCUUCCCGGGUAGUAAUGACCCACGGUGCCCUAAGCCAACCACUCCGACACCAACGAAACCAACAUGUUAUCCGGGAUCGCCAAAUCCUGCUUGUCCUCAACCACCAAAACCAACGACCUUAAACCCACCAACUUAUUUACCACCCUCAACACCGGAACCUAAAUGCUUCCAAGGCUCAAAUGACUUAAGGUGCCCUCAACCUACAACACCUGAACCACCAAAAUGUUUUCCAGGCAGCACUGACCCACGUUGUCCCAAACCUACAACCCCAGAAGCCCCUAGGUGCUACCCUGGAAAUACAGACCCACGGUGUCCGAAACCAACAACACCUGAACCUCCUAAAUGCUUCCCAGGCAGUUCCGAUCCCCGUUGUCCUAAACCAACUACGCCUGAACCUCCAAGAUGCUUCCCAGGUAGUAACGAUCCUCGUUGUCCUAAACCAACCACCCCAGCUCCUCCGCAAUGCUAUCCAGGAAGUACUGACCAACGUUGUCCGAAACCAACAACACCUGCCCCACCUAGGUGCUUCCCUGGCAGCACGGAUCCUCGUUGUCCUAAACCAACAACACCCGAACCACCAAAAUGUUUCCCAGGCAGCACUGACCCACGUUGCCCUAAACCAACAACGCCAGAAGGUCCUCAAUGCUACCCUGGAAGUUCAGACUCACGGUGUCCGAAACCAACAACACCUGCCCCCCCAAGAUGCUAUCCCGGAAGCUCGGAUCCAAGAUGCCCACCACCAACCACACCUGAAUCUCCAAGAUGCUUCCCAGGCAGUACCGAUCCUCGUUGUCCUAAACCAACCACCCCAGCUCCUCCGCGAUGCUAUCCAGGAAGUACCGACCAACGUUGUCCAAAACCAACAACACCUGCUCCCCCUAGAUGCUAUCCUGGAAGUACAGACCCUCGCUGUCCUAAACCAACUACGCCAGCACCUCCAAGGUGCUUCCCUGGUAGUAAUGACCCACGGUGCCCUAAGCCAACUACUCCGAAACCAACAAAACCAGUAUGUUAUCCGGGAUCACCAAAUCCUGCUUGUCCUCAACCACUAAGACCAACGACCUUAAACCCACCUACUUAUUUACCACCCUCAACACCUGAACCACCAAAAUGUUUCCCAGGCAGCACUGACCCACGUUGCCCCAAACCAACAACGCCAGAAGCUCCUAGGUGCUACCCUGGAAGUACAGACCCACGGUGUCCGAAACCAACAACACCUAACCCUCCUAAAUGUUUCCCAGGCAGUACCGAUCCCCGUUGUCCUAAACCAACAACACCUGCACCUCCAAGAUGUUUCCCAGGCAGUAACGAUCCUCGUUGUCCUAAACCAACCACCCCAGCUCCUCCGCAAUGCUAUCCAGGAAGUACUGACCAACGUUGUCCUAAACCAACAACACCUGCCCCGCCUAGGUGCUUCCCUGGUAGCACGGAUUCUCGUUGUCCUAAACCAACAACACCCGCACCACCAAAAUGUUUCCCAGGCAGCACUGACCCACGUUGCCCUAAACCAACGGCACCUACACCUCCAAGAUGCUUCCCAGGCAGUAACGAUCCUCGUUGUCCUAAACCCACAACACCUGCCCCCCCGAGGUGCUAUCCCGGAAGCUCGGACCCAAGAUGCCCACCACAAACCACACCUGAAUCUCCAAGAUGCUUCCCAGGCAGUCCCGAUCCUCGUUGUCCUAAACCAACCACCCCAGCUCCUCCGCGAUGCUAUACAGGAAGUACCGACCAACGUUGUCCAAAACCAACAACACCUGCUCCCCCUAGAUGCUAUCCCGGAAGUACAGACCCUCGCUGUCCUAAACCAACUACGCCAGCACCACCAAGGUGCUUCCCGGGUAGUAAUGACCCACGGUGCCCUAAGCCAACCACUCCGACACCAACGAAACCAACAUGUUAUCCGGGAUCGCCAAAUCCUGCUUGUCCUCAACCACCAAGACCAACGACCUUAAACCCACCUACUUAUUUACCACCCUCAACACCGGGACCUAAAUGCUUCCCAGGCUCAAAUGACUUAAGAUGCCCUCAACCUACAACACCUGAACCACCAAAAUGUUUCCCAGGCAGCACUGACCCACGUUGCCCCAAACCAACAACGCCAGAAGCUCCUAGGUGCUACCCUGGAAGUACAGACCCACGGUGUCCGAAACCAACAACACCUGAACCUCCUAAAUGUUUCCCAGGCAGUUCCGAUCCCCGUUGUCCUAAACCAACUACGCCUGAACCUCCAAGAUGCUUCCCAGGCAGUAUCGAUCCUCGUUGUCCUAAACCAACCACCCCAGCUCCUCCGCAAUGCUAUCCAGGAAGUACUGACCAACGUUGUCCGAAACCAACAACACCUGCCCCACCUAGGUGCUUCCCUGGCAGCACGGAUCCUCGUUGUCCUAAACCAACAACACCCGCACCACCAAAAUGUUAUCCAGGCAGCACUGACCCACGUUGCCCUAAACCAACAACGCCAGAAGGUCCUCAAUGCUACCCUGGAAGUUCAGACUCACGGUGUCCGAAACCAACAACAUCUGCCCCCCCGAGAUGCUAUCCCGGAAGCACGGACCCAAGAUGCCCACCACCAAUUACAUCUGAAUCUCCAAGAUGCUUCCCAGGCAGUACUGAUCCUCGUUGUCCUAAACCAACCACCCCAGCUCCUCCGCGAUGCUAUCCAGGAAGUACCGACCAACGUUGUCCUAAACCAACAACACCUGCUCCCCCUAGAUGCUAUCCCGGAAGUACAGACCCUCGCUGUCCUAAACUAACUACACCAGCACCUCCAAGGUGCUUCCCGGGUAGUAAUGACCCACGGUGCCCUAAGCCAACCACUCCGACACCAACGAAACCAGCAUGUUAUCCGGGAUCGCCAAAUCCUGCUUGUCCUCAACCACCAAGACCAACGACCUUAAACCCACCAACUUAUUUACCACCCUCAACACCGGAACCUAAAUGUUUCCCAGGCUCAAAUGACUUAAGGUGCCCUCAACCUACAACACCUGAACCACCAAAAUGUUUCCCAGGCAGCACUGACCCACGUUGCCCCAAACCAACAACGCCAGAAGCUCCUAGGUGCUACCCUGGAAAUACAGACCCACGGUGUCCGAAACCAACUACGCCUGAACCUCCAAGAUGCUUCCCAGGCAGUAACGAUCCUCGUUGUCCUAAACCAACCACCCCAGCUCCACCGCAAUGCUAUCCAGGAAGUACUGACCAACGUUGUCCGAAACCAACAACACCUGCCCCACCUAGGUGCUUCCCUGGCAGCACGGAUCCUCGUUGUCCGAAACCAACAACACCCGCACCAGCAAAAUGUUUCCCAGGCAGCACUGACCCACGUUGCCCUAAACCAACAACGCCAGAAGGUCCUCAAUGCUACCCUGGAAGUUCAGACUCACGGUGUCCGAAACCAACAACACCUGCCCCCCCGAGAUGCUAUCCCGGAAGCUCGGAUCCAAGAUGCCCACCACCAACCACACCUGAAUCUCCAAGAUGCUUCCCAGGCAGUACCGAUCCUCGUUGUCCUAAACCAACCACCCCAGCUCCUCCGCGAUGCUAUCCAGGAAGUACCGACCAACGUUGUCCAAAACCAACAACACCUGCUCCCCCUAGAUGCUAUCCCGGUAGUACAGACCCUCGCUGUCCUCAACCAACUACGCCAGCACCUCCAAGGUGCUUCCCUGGUAGUAAUGACCCACGGUGCCCAAAACCAACCACUCCGACACCAACGAAACCAGCAUGUUAUCCGGGAUCGCCAAAUCCUGCUUGUCCUCAACCACCAAGACCAACGACCUUAAACCCACCUACUUAUUUACCACCAUCAACACCUGAACCACCAAAAUGUUUCCCAGGCAGCACUGACCCACGUUGCCCCAAACCAACAACGCCAGAAGCUCCUAGGUGCUACCCUGGAAAUACAGACCCACGGUGUCCGAAACCAACAACACCUGAACCUCCAAGAUGCUUCCCAGGCAGUACCGAUCCUCGUUGUCCUCAACCAACAACUCCAGCUCCUCCGCGAUGCUAUCCAGGAAGUACUGACCAACGUUGUCCACAACCUACAACACCUGCCCCACCUAAUUGUUUCCCAGGUACAACAGAUCCUCGCUGUCCAAAACCAACAACACCAGCUCCUCCAAGAUGCUAUCCUGGAAGUACUGACCCUCGUUGUCCAAAACCAACAACACCCGCCCCACCACGAUGCUAUCCUGGAAGCUCGGACCCAAGAUGCCCAGCACCAACUACACCUGAACCUCCAAGAUGCUUCCCAGGCAGUACCGAUCCUCGUUGUCCUCAACCAACCACCCCAGCUCCUCCGCGAUGCUAUCCAGGAAGUACUGACCAACGUUGUCCACAACCUACAACACCGGCCCCACCUAAUUGUUUCCCUGGUACAACAGAUCCUCGCUGUCCAAAACCAACAACACCAGCUCCUCCGCGAUGCUAUCCAGGAAGUACUGACCCACGUUGUCCAAAACCAACAUCAACAACAUCAACACCUAGCUCAUGCUACCCUGGUUCAAAAGAUCCUAAAUGUCCUCAACCAUUCGCACCCAGUAGUACAAAUCCUCCAACAACUUACUUACCACCAUUCCCUGCAGAAAAUGAAAUAAAAUCCCCUAGAAGAUUAGUCAAGAAAAGUUUUGAUUACUACGACGAUACACAGUCGGAAAUUGACAACUUCGAUUUCGCCCGCACUAAGCCAAGGACGAGAAAUGCAAGAGAUUUAUCAAAAACUCUAGGCAAUAUUAUUGAAUCAAGCACAGGGUUGUCUGAGUACGCAUACAUGGGAAUCGUAGGCUCUAUCAUUAUUGUUAUGUCUAUAGCUAUCGGUAUAUAUGUCGUGAGAACCAAGAAAAAUCUUAAACAACUAAAUUUAGAAAAUAAUACCAAUCCUUGCUAA